CAACAACAUACUACAUUCAGAGACUCGGUUGCAAACACAGGCGAGAAGUGAAUCUUCACUUGAAGAAGAGAGACAGCAAAAGAAAAUGUGGAUGAGGAGGUCACGGAUACGGAUCUGCUGGGUUGUCUUAACCCUAGCUUCGUUCUCGCUCGAGUGGCAACCGGCCGUGGGCGAUGACGUUGUUGUUUUGACGGAGGACAACUUCGAGAAGGAGGUUGGCCAAGAUCUCGGCGCUCUCGUAGAGUUCUACGCUCCUUGGUGCGGUCACUGUAAAAAACUUGCACCAGAGUAUGAGAAGCUUGGUACAAGUUUUAAGAAGGUGAAAUCUAUUUUAAUUGGAAAGGUGGACUGUGAUGAGCAUAAGAGCCUCUGUAGCAAAUAUGGUGUUUCUGGGUACCCGACAAUCCAAUGGUUUCCAAAAGGGUCUUUGGAACCUAAAAAGUAUGAAGGUGCUCGUACAGCAGAAGCCCUAACCGAGUUUUUGAAUAAUGAAGGAGGGACUAAUGUGAAGAUGGCUGCAAUCCCCUCGGAUGUAGUGGUUCUAACACUUGAUAAUUUUAAUGAAAUUGCCAUGGAUGAAACCAAGGAUGUUAUGGUUGAAUUUUAUGCACCUUGGUGCGGCCAUUGCAAACACCUUGCUCCUACAUAUGAAAAGGUUGCCACAGCAUUUAAGCUAGAGGAAGAUGUAGUAAUUGCUAAUCUUGAUGCAGACAAACACAGAGAUCUUGCGGAUAAGUACGAUGUGAGUGGCUAUCCUACAUUGAAAUUCUUUCCAAAGAGCAACAAAGCUGGUGAAGAGUAUGAUGGUGGCCAAGAUUUGGAUGACUUCGUAGAUUUCAUCAAUGAGAGGUGUGGCACUAGCCGUGAUUCAAAAGGACAACUUACUGCCAAAGCUGGUAUACUUGAGGCUUUGGAUAAAUUGGUGAAGGAGUUUGGAGCUGCUGGAACUGAUGAGAAAAAGACAGUUUAUGGGCGAAUAGAGGAUGAAGUUAAGAAGCUCAAGGGUUCUGCUGCGAGAUACGGAAAGAUCUACUUGAAAGCUGCCAAGAGCUGCAUGGAAAAAGGUCCUGAUUAUGCCAAGAAAGAAAUUGAGCGGCUGGAACGCAUGCUGAAGAAGAGCAUAAGUUCAGGAAAAGCUGACGAAUUCAAUCUGAAGAAGAAUAUCCUAUCCACUUUUGCUUGAAUCCGGGAGAACCAUCUUUGUUGCGUGCUUCUUGUACCAUUUCGUCUUCACGGGCUUGGUUUCCCGAGUUCAUCUGUGGGACUGUAGCUUGGCGAAUGUACCAUUCACAAUGCUCUUAUUGAACUUAUUCUCAGUACAAUUUUUUUGCAAUCCUAGUUUCAAAUAGGACAGUAGAAGAGAGGGAAUAGACACAACAUUACAAUGCGCGAUAACAACAAAACAGUAGCCGCUGAGGCACACUUAUUUUAUUUUUGGAACGGUUGUUAUCUUUAGCCAGGUCAGGUUAGUGUGAUCUUUUUAUGGAAAUGAAUACGUGAUCUUUUAUUUGGGGGCCGUUGUUUCUUCUAUAUGGCCUUGGAGUUGGAGGCCACCAUCUGUUGAAAGGUUGCGGACCCUCCAUGAAAUCUGUUCUGUAAUUCUUCAUUUAUGGCAUUGCUGGAAGGCUGAUGAGGGAGGUAAUUAGAUUAGGGUUUCCAGCAUCUGCUUCUACAUUGGUUACUAACAAGUUCUGUAUAGCUAAAUAUCUCCUUUAUACUUAUUAGUAAUAAGAGUCUUUGUUUUUGUU